UGCUGCGGGCGGAGAGGAAGCGGCUGAGGGGAGAUUAUCGCUCCUGUAGUAAAAGUUCCUCCAGCUGUGGAAACUUUUCCAGCUUUAUACAAGUUUAAAUACUCAGUUUUACUGUUUAUCUUCUCUUUAUACUGUUAGUUUAGAGGAUUAACAGCAGAACCAUGUCCUAAUCUCCGCGCUGAGCCGCUCUGAGAGGGAGAAACACCGACAUGAUCCGUCGCCCAGUGAGAGCCUGAGGGUGUGAAGCUAUGGCGGCACAGUUCACCAUCGACGACGCCUUCUCAUUGGAGGGUGAUGAUGAGGGGGUGGGGCCAGAGGGAGGUCUGGAUGGAUGGAAGGGUCGGGAGAAGGACCGGGAUGGAGAGAUGACCUUCGGCCCGCUUUCUUUCACCAAGCCUCAGAGUCUUCCCUCCGCCUCGGCCGGAUCCGCCGACCACAGCAACCUGAAGUACCAGAACCUGGAGAAUGAAGAGGUCCUGGGCAGCCCUGUGAACUCCUCCUUUAAUAACUUUUUUAAAAUCAGUGAUCCAGCCACACUGUCCUACUGCAGCUCCCAGUGGUCCUUCAGCACCCUCAGCUCCGUCACACAGCUGUCUGCACGCUGCUGCGGGUGGACGUCUCACCCUUUAAUAAAGAAGAACAGGAAGGUGGUGUUGGCCUCCUUUCUCCUCCUCAUCACUGGAGUUGCUCUGAUUUUCACAGGCAUUGUUGUAGAGUUAAACCCUCAUGCAGGAGUUACAAGUGCAAUUUUCUUUGUCUCUGGAUUUCUUCUCUUCAUUCCUGGAGUUUACCAUGUGAUCUAUAUAAGCUGUGCUGUCAGGGGCCGGCGAGGAUUCAAGUUCUUUUAUUUGCCGUAUUUUGAGAAAUGACGACGGACGCGGGCGACGAAAACGCAGGAGUGAUAUGAAGAAAGCUUUAUUUGUACAAUCUCAGAUUAGAGUAAUUUUGUAUUUGUGUGAAAAACGCUGAUAAUCUGUAAAAGUCCGUAGAUUUCAGGAUGCAGACCUGCAACCCACUGAGCUUUACUUUGCACACAGCAGAUCGUACGCCUGUAGGACAGUGUUCAGGACGGUUCAUCCAUUUCACUUUAAUUCAUUUCUGUUUCCUGUGCAGCUGAGGAGCUUUUUUUACUCAAAGUUUUAGACUGAUUUCUUUUUCCUUUUUAGUUUGUUUUCUAAGCACAAUUCUAGAUAAAUCUAGAUAAUUAAAAGUUUCUUACUUUAUGACCCUAAAAAUCCUUUGAACUGACUGCAAAUCCAUGGUAGGAGAAGGUCAGGAAUGAAGAGGUGAGAGAUCAUGAGAGAUAAUGAUCUCGUAUAAAACGAUUUGAUGUGAAAAGAUGGGUAAAUCUAUUGUAUCUCGUGAAAUAUAUCUAAUGCCAAAUCACAGAUGAAGUGUCAAUCCAAAUAAUAUUAAUGUUUCCCUGCACUGUUUGUGUUUUAAUGUGUAUAAUGAACUAAUACCACUACUAACACUAUGAACCACUGUGCAACUCUGUGUACUUCCAGCCAGUCGAUGUGGAAGAGAUAUCAUGUGUAUGUUUUUUUGUAAUUUUUUAAUCAUUGUGACACUACAAUAAACCUGUUUUUAUAUUUGCUUUUAAAA